UUUCCGAGAGUUUGAAGCUCUUGUGUAUUUGAACGGCGUGAGAAACGUUCCGCUGAGAGAGCUUCGCACGCCCUCGCCAGGCCGGGCCUUGGCGGGGCUGCCUUUGGCGCGCGCCUAUGGUCCCCUGAGCUAAGCUGCGCAUGUCACCUCGCGCGCGUCCCCGGCCUCACUUCCGCGUCGCUCAGCUACCUAAGUGGGAACAUCGACGCCAGAGAGAGCGGCCACGAGGCGGGAGGGGUGAGAAGCGCCCAUGACUCGGCCCUGCCUUCGCGUGCGUGGGGUGCCGCUCCGCGUGGAUGGGAAGGCCAUUGUGACUAUGUGGUGAUUACAGUUGUCUUACUACUGAGUUUCCUACUGAAAUCAUGGAGGAGAAACAGCAGAUUAUAUUGGCUAAUCAAGAUGGUGGAACAGUGGCAGGAGCAGCACCUACCUUCUUUGUCAUCCUAAAGCAGCCAGGAAAUGGCAAAACUGAUCAAGGAAUUUUGGUUACUAAUCAGGAUGCCUGUGCUUUGGCUAGUAGUGUGUCAUCACCAGUAAAAUCUAAAGGGAAGAUUUGCCUUCCAGCUGAUUGUACUGUGGGUGGAAUCACUGUUACCCUCGAUAACAAUAGUAUGUGGAAUGAGUUCUAUCAUCGAAGCACAGAAAUGAUUCUGACCAAGCAAGGAAGACGCAUGUUUCCUUACUGUCGUUAUUGGAUAACAGGUUUAGAUUCAAAUUUGAAGUAUAUUCUUGUCAUGGAUAUAUCUCCUGUGGAUAACCAUCGUUAUAAGUGGAAUGGUCGUUGGUGGGAACCGAGUGGGAAGGCUGAGCCUCAUGUUUUGGGGAGGGUUUUUAUUCAUCCAGAAUCUCCUUCCACAGGUCAUUAUUGGAUGCAUCAACCAGUAUCUUUCUAUAAACUCAAACUUACCAACAAUACACUGGACCAAGAAGGGCAUAUCAUCUUGCACUCUAUGCAUCGUUACCUGCCGAGGCUUCAUUUGGUGCCUGCAGAAAAGGCUGUGGAGGUGAUACAAUUAAAUGGCCCUGGUGUCCAUACUUUUACCUUCCCACAGACUGAAUUCUUUGCAGUAACAGCUUAUCAGAACAUUCAGAUUACUCAGCUGAAAAUAGAUUACAAUCCAUUUGCCAAAGGCUUUCGUGAUGAUGGGCUGAAUAGUAAGCCCCAGAGAGAUGGAAAACAAAAGAACAGCUCUGACCAAGAAGGGAAUAAUAUUUCCAGUUCUUCUGGUCAUCGGGCCCGUCUUACAGAAGGUCAGGGGUCAGAGAUACAACCAGGUGAUUUGGAUCCUUUGUCAAGGGGUCAUGAAACAUCAGGCAAGGGUUUGGAGAAGACUUCCCUUAAUAUAAAACGAGACUUUCUUGGUUUCAUGGAUACUGAUUCAGCACUUAGUGAAGUUCCUCAAUUGAAGCAAGAGAUUUCUGAAUGUCUUAUUGCCAAUAAUUUUGAAGAUGACUCCCAUAUAACUUCACCAUUAGACCAGAAUGGAAGCUUCAAUGUUGUUAUUAAAGAAGAACCUCUAGAUGAUUAUGACUAUGAACUUGGUGAGUGCCCAGAAGGGGUCACUGUGAAACAGGAAGAGACAGAUGAAGAGACGGAUGUAUACUCAAACAGUGAUGAUGAUCCUAUACUAGAGAAACAGCUAAAGAGGCACAAUAAAGUUGAUAACCCAGAAGCUGACCAUCAGUCUUCUAAAUGGCUUCCAAGCAGCCCAUCAGGUGUUGCUAAAGCUAAAAUGUUCAAAUUAGAUGCUGGAAAGAUGCCAGUAGUCUAUUUGGAGCCUUGUGCCGUCACCAAAAGCACAGUGAAAAUUUCUGAACUGCCUGAUAACAUGCUUUCCACAUCUCGAAAGGAUAAAUCUUCUAUGUUGGCAGAAUUUGAAUAUUUACCUACAUACAUUGAAAAUUCCAAUGAGACUGCCUUUUGCUUAGGGAAGGAAUCAGAAAAUGGUCUUAGAAAACAUUCACCAGAUCUAAGAGUGGUACAAAAAUAUCCCUUACUGAAAGAGCCUCAGUGGAAAUAUCCUGAUAUAUCUGACAGCAUUAGCACAGAAAGAAUACUUGACAGUUCAAAGGGUUCAGCUGGGGACUCACUUGCAGGAAAAGAGGAGUUGGGCAGAAAGAGAACAACUAUGCUUAAGAUUUCAACAGCCCCAAAGGUAGUGAAUGCUAAUCAGAAUGCCUCUCCAAAUAUACCUGGAAAAAGAGGAAGGCCGCGAAAACUGAAACUCUGUAAGGCAGGAAGACCACCUAAAAACACAGGAAAGUCUUUAAUUUCUACAAAGAAUACACCUGUAGGCCCUGGGAGUACCUUUCCAGAUGUGAAGCCUGAUCUGGAAGAUGUGGAUGGUGUUCUCUUUGUUUCCUUUGAAUCAAAGGAAGCUCUAGACAUUCAUGCAAUUGAUGGGACAACAGAAGAAUCUUCUGGUCUUCAGGCAUCAACCACAAAUGACUCAGGUUGCAGAGCAAGAAUUUCCCAGUUGGAAAAGGAGUUGAUAGAAGAUUUGAAGUCUUUGCGGCAUAAGCAGGUGAUACAUCCUGGUCUUCAAGAAGUGGGCUUAAAAUUGAAUUCAGUGGAUCCAACAAUGAGCAUUGAUCUUAAAUACUUGGGAGUACAGUUACCUUUGGCUCCAGCCACUAGCUUUCCAUUUUGGAACCUUACAGGAACCAACCCUGCCUCUCCUGAUGCGGGAUUUCCCUUUGUUUCUAGGACAGGGAAAACCAAUGAUUUCACUAAGAUCAAGGGAUGGAGGGGAAAAUUUCAUAGUGCUUCUGCAUCUAGGAAUGAAGGUGGAAAUUCAGAAAGUUCACUGAAAAAUCGUUCUGCUUUCUGUAGUGAUAAGCUAGAUGAAUACUUGGAAAAUGAAGGCAAGCUGAUGGAAACAAGCAUGGGUUUCUCUUCUAAUGCUCCCACAUCUCCUGUGGUGUACCAGCUUCCCACCAAGAGUACCAGCUAUGUACGAACACUAGAUAGUGUACUAAAGAAGCAAUCUACUAUUUCCCCUUCUACCUCUUACUCUUUGAAACCUCAUUCUGUAGCACCUGCCUCUCGAAGGGCAAAGUCUCAAAAUAGACAGGCAACUUUCAGUGGCCGAACAAAAUCAUCUUAUAAAUCCAUUUUACCAUACCCUGUUUCACCAAAGCAGAAAUACUCUCAUAUGAUUCUAGGAGAUAAGGUUACCAAGAAUUCUUCAGGCACCGUCUCAGAAAAUCAGGUGAAUAACUUUGUUGUGCCAACUUUAGAUGAAAAUACAUUUCCAAAGCAGAUUAGUUUGCGGCAGGCACAGCAGCAGCAGCAGCAACAGCAACAGGGAAGUCGCCCUCCAGGCUUGUCUAAAUCUCAGGUGAAGCUAAUGGAUCUGGAAGACUGUGCGCUUUGGGAAGGAAAACCAAGGACAUAUAUCACAGAAGAGCGAGCAGAUGUAUCCUUAACAACUCUACUUACAGCCCAAGCAUCUCUCAAAACUAAACCUAUCCACACAAUUAUAAGGAAACGAGCCCCUCCAUGCAACAAUGACUUCUGUCGACUGGGUUGUGUAUGUUCCAGUCUAGCUUUGGAGAAGCGCCAACCUGCUCACUGCCGCCGACCAGACUGCAUGUUUGGUUGCACUUGUUUGAAAAGAAAAGUUGUACUUGUUAAAGGAGGAUCCAAAACUAAGCAUUUUCAGAGGAAGGCUGCUCAUCGAGAUCCAAUAGUUUAUGAUACUCUGGGAGAGGAGGCAAGGGAAGAAGAAGAAGGAGUCAGGGAGGAGGAGGAACAACUGAAAGAGAAAAAGAAGAGAAAGAAGCUAGAAUACACUAUAUGUGAAACAGAGCCUGAACAGCCUGUUCGACAUUACCCAUUAUGGGUAAAAGUAGAAGGUGAAGUAGACCCAGAACCAGUUUAUAUCCCCACGCCUUCUGUCAUUGAGCCUAUGAAACCAUUGUUAUUGCCUCAACCAGAAGUUUUAUCUACUACUGUGAAGGGCAAACUGGUCACUGGAAUUAAAGCUGCACGGUCAUAUACUCCCAAACCCAAUCCUGUGAUUCGGGAAGAGGACAAAGAUCCAGUCUACUUGUACUUUGAAAGUAUGAUGACUUGUGCUCGAGUUCGAGUAUAUGAGAGAAAAAAAGAGGACCAGAGACAACUAUCCUCUUCCUCCUCCCCAUCUCCAUCUUUUCAGCAGCAGAGUUCAUGUCAUUCUAGCCCUGAGAACCAUAAUAAUGCAAAGGAACCUGAUUCUGAACAGCAGCCCUUAAAACAGCUCACCUGUGACUUGGAGGAUGAUUCUGGUAAACUACAAGAAAAGAGCUGGAAGUCUUCCUGCAAUGAAGGGGAAUCCUCUUCUACUUCUUAUAUGCAUCAGCGGUCACCUGGUGGUCCCACCAAACUGAUUGAGAUCAUCUCAGACUGCAACUGGGAGGAGGAUCGGAACAAGAUUUUGAGCAUCUUAUCCCAGCACAUCAAUAGCAACAUGCCACAAUCACUUAAGGUGGGCAGCUUCAUCAUUGAGUUGGCUUCUCAGCGAAAGAGCCGGGGUGAGAAGAACCCUCCUGUUUAUUCUUCUCGUGUGAAAAUCUCUAUGCCAUCAUGUCAAGACCAAGAUGAUAUGGCUGAGAAAUCUGGAUCAGAGACUCCUGAUGGUCCAUUGUCCCCUGGGAAAAUGGAGGAUAUCUCUCCUGUGCAGACAGAUGCCCUGGAUUCAGUGAGGGAGAGAUUACAUGGAGGCAAAGGUCUGCCUUUUUAUGCAGGGCUUUCUCCUGCAGGGAAGCUUGUGGCCUAUAAACGUAAACCCAGUUCAAGUACAUCUGGGCUUAUCCAGGUUAAUGGUAAGAGUUACCCGCAGGCUAAGUUGCUAUUGGGACAGAUGGGGGCAUUGCAUCCAGCCAAUAGGCUAGCUGCUUAUAUCACAGGCAGGUUGCGACCCUCAGUCCUGGACCUCUCAACCCUCAGUACUGUCAUCUCCAAGGUAGCAUCCAAUGCCAAGGUGGCUGCAUCCAGGAAACCACGUACCCUGUUGCCUUCAACAUCCAAUUCCAAAAUGGCAUCCUCCUCUGGCGCUCCAACAAAUCGCCCUGGGAAGAAUCUGAAGGCAUUUGUCCCAGCAAAACGGCCAAUUGCGGCUCGACCCUCUCCUGGUGGUGUGUUCACACAGUUUGUGAUGAGUAAAGUUGGAGCCUUGCAGCAGAAGAUACCUGGAGUUAGCACACCCCAAACCAUGGGAGGGCCACAGAAGUUCAAUAUCAGACCUUCUCCAGUAAUGGUCGUCACACCUGUGGUUUCUUCUGAACCAGUUCAGGUGUGCAGCCCUGUGACUGCUGCUGUCACUACUACCACCCCUCAAGUGUUUUUAGAAAAUGUUACUGCUGUGACACCUAUGACUGCUAUUUCUGAUGUGGAAACUAAGGAAACUACUUAUUCUUCUGGUGCCACCACUACAGGGGUUGAGGUCUCUGAAACUAGUAUCAGCACCCCUGUAACAUCUACCCAGUCUACAGCCACUGUGAACCUUACCAAAACCACUGGGAUAACUACCCCUGUGGCUUCAGUUGCUUUUCCUAAGUCUUUGGUAGCAUCUCCUCCAACCAUAACUCUUCCUGUUGCUUCCACUGCUUCCACCUCCUUAGUCGUGGUGACUACAGCUGCAUCUUCCUCAGUGGUGACCACGCCAACUUCAUCUCUGGGCUCUGUUCCUAUCAUACUCUCAGGAAUUAAUGGAAGUCCACCAGUGAGCCAGAGACCAGAAAAUGCUGCUCAAAUUCCAGUGGCUACUCCACAGGUCUCUUCUAACACAGUGAAACGUGCUGGACCUCGAUUGUUGUUGAUUCCGGUGCAGCAGGGUUCUCCUUCUCUCAGACCUGUCUCAAACACACAACUUCAGGGACAUCGGAUGGUCUUACAGCCUGUUAGGAGUCCAAGUGGAAUGAACCUAUUCAGGCACCCUAAUGGGCAGAUUGUCCAGCUUCUACCUUUGCAUCAGCUUCGAGGCUCUAAUACUCAGCCCAACUUACAGCCUGUCAUGUUUCGGAACCCAGGGUCUGUAAUGGGAAUCCGGUUACCUGCUCCUUCCAAACCCUCUGAGACUCCACCGUCUUCCACUUCAUCCUCUGCUUUCUCUGUCAUGAAUCCUGUAAUCCAAGCUGUUGGGUCUUCAGCAGUAAAUGUUAUCACUCAGGCACCAUCAUUGCUUUCCUCUGGAGCUAGUUUUGUGUCUCAAGCUGGUACAUUGACCCUGAGGAUUUCUGCUCCUGAACCACAAAGCUUUGCAAGUAAAACAGGCUCUGAAACCAAAAUAACGUAUAGCUCAGGAGGACAGCCUGUUGGUACAGCCAGUCUUAUUCCUCUCCAGUCUGGUAGUUUUGCCUUGUUACAGCUCCCAGGACAAAAGCCUGUUCCUAGCUCCAUUCUUCAACAUGUUGCUUCCCUUCAGAUGAAGAGAGACUCUCAGAAUCCAGACCAGAAAGAUGGAAAAAACUCAAUAAAAAGAGAGCAAGAAACCAAGAAGGUUCUACAGUCAGAAGGACAGGCUGUAGACCCUGAGGCUAAUACAAUAAAACAAAACUCAGGAGCUGCUACCUCAGAAGAAACUCUGAAUGAUUCCUUGGAAGACAGGAGUGAUCAUUUGGAUGAAGAAUCCCUUCGAGAAGAAGGUUCUGCAACUGUCAAACCAUCUAAGCAUUCCUGUAUCACUGGGUCACAUAUAGAUGAAAACUAUAAAGAUGUUAAUGAAGAAUGUGGGGCUAGGAAUCAUAAUAGUUCCAAAGAAAAAGUGGCUGUUCUAGAAGUUAGGGCCAUUUCUGAAAAAGCCAGUAAUAAGACAGUUCAAAAUAUGAGUAAAGUACAGUAUCAAAAACUUGGUGAUAGGAAGGUGGAACAGCAGAAAGGAUCAGACAAUCCAGAAGAAAACUCAAAUGAAUUUCCAGACGUCUCUAAGGAAGAAAGUAAAUUUGAAUUGUCAGGGAGCAAAGAUGUGGAGCAGCAAUCUCAUCCACAGCCAGAGGCCACAGAGAAGGAAUGUGGAGACUCUAUGGAGAAAGACAGUAUUAGGGAAAGGUGGAGAAGACAUCUGAAGGGCCCCUUAACCAGGAAAUGUGUUGGAGCUUCACAGGAAUGUAAGAAAGAGGCAGAUGAGCAGUUAAUUAAAGAAACAAAGACAUGUCAGGAAAAUUCAGAUGUGUUUCAACAACAACAACAAAGCAUCUCUGACUUACUUGGAAAAAGGGGAAUCACUGAAGAUGCCAGAGUUUUGAAAACUGAGUGUGAUUCUUGGAGUAGGAUUUCUAGUCCUUCAGCCUUCUCCAUUGUUCCUAGGAGAGCUGCAAAAAGCAGCAGAGGGAAUGGACAUUUUCAGGGUCAUUUACUGCUAACUGGAGAACAGAUACAACCAAAGCAAAAGAAGAAGGUUGGGAGAAGCAGUGCUGACCUCACUGUUUUGGAUUUGGAAGAGGAUGAAGAUGAGAAUGAGAAAACCGAUGAUUCUAUUGAUGAAAUUGUGGAUGUUGUUUCUGACUACCAGAGUGAGGAGGUUGAUGAUAUAGAAAAGGUGAAUAACUGUGUAGAAUACAUUGAAGAUGAUGAGGAGCAUGUGGACAUUGAAACUGUAGAAGAACUCUCAGAAGAAAUUAAUGUUGCUCACCUGAAGACCACAGCUGCCCACACACAGUCAUUCAAACAGCCGUGCCGUACUCACAUCACUGCAGAUGAAAAAGCAGCAGAAAGAAGUCGAAAGGCUCCACCAAUUCCUUUAAAACUGAAGCCUGAUUACUGGAGUGACAAACUACAGAAAGAAGCAGAAGCGUUUGCUUAUUAUCGCCGGACACACACUGCCAAUGAGCGGCGGCGGCGUGGUGAAAUGAGGGAUCUCUUUGAGAAAUUAAAGAUCACAUUGGGAUUACUUCAUUCUUCCAAGGUUUCCAAAAGUCACAUUCUUACUCGAGCAUUCAGUGAAAUUCAGGGACUAACAGAUCAGGCAGACAAGUUGAUAGGACAGAAAAAUCUCCUGACUCGGAAACGGAAUAUUCUCAUACGAAAAGUAUCCUCUCUUUCAGAAAAUACCUCACCCUCGAACACUCCACACACCUCAGCCAACCUUGUGAUGACUCCACAAGGGCAAUUGCUCACCCUAAAAGGUCCUCUAUUCUCAGGACCAGUGGUAACUGUUUCUCCUGAUCUCUUAGAAUCUGAUCUUAAGCCUCAAGUUGCCAGUAGUGCUAUGGCUCAGCCAGAAAAUGACGACUUAUUUAUGAUGCCACGAAUUGUUAAUGUGACAUCACUGGCUACAGAGGGAGGUUUGAUAGAUAUGGGUGGCAGCAAAUAUCCUCAUGAAGUUCCUGAUGGCAAGCCAUCUGACCAUCUGAAAGACACUGUCAGGAAUGAAGAUAACUCCUUAGGGAAUAAGGGUAGAAUCUCUUCCAGAGGAAACAGAGAUGGCAGAGUCACGUUGGGUCCAUCGCAGGUUUUUUUGGCAAACAAAGAUUCUGGUUAUCCACAAAUAGUUGAUGUUUCCAGUAUGCAGGAAGCACAAGAGUUCUUACCUAAAAAGAUCUCUGGUGAUAGGAGAGGGAUUCAGUAUAAAUGGAAAGAGAGUGAAUUGAGAGGGGAGAGAGUGAAGUCAAAGGAGUCUUCAUUUCAUAAAUUAAAGAUAAAAGAUCUCAAGGACUCAAGCAUAGAGAUGGAACUGAGGAAAGUAACAUCAGCUAUAGAGGAAGCAGCUCUUGAUCCCAGUGAACUGCUAACUAACAUGGAAGAUGAGGAUGAUACUGAUGAGACACUGACUUCACUGCUCAAUGAAAUUGCCUUUCUUAAUCAACAACUAAAUGAUGACUCUGUUAGCCUGGCUGAACUACCCAGCUCUGUGGAUACAGAGUUCCCAGGGGAUGCCCCGCAGGCUUUUAUCAGUAAGGUUCCUCCUGGAAACAGAGCAACUUUCCAGAUUGAGCACUUGGGAACUGGUUUGAAAGAGUUGCCUGAUGUUCAAGGGGAGAGUGACUCCAUCAGUCCCCUCCUCUUGCACUUAGAAGAUGAUGACUUUUCUGAGAAUGAAAAACAACUUGCAGAACCAGCCUCUGAGCCAGAUGUCCUUAAGAUUGUUAUUGACUCUGAAAUAAAGGAUUCCCUCCUUUCCAACAAAAAAGAUACUGAUGGAGGGAAGGAUACUUCUUCCCUCCCUGCAGAGCCUGAAAGUGUGUCUUCACCCCCGAUCCUGCACAUGAAGACUGGCCUGGAGAACAGCAACAGCACAGAUACUUUGUGGAGGCCUAUGCCAAAGCUGGCCCCUCUAGGUUUAAAAGUAGCUAAUCCUUCCAGUGAUGUAGAUGGUCAGAAUCUCAAAGUGAUGCCUUGUUUGGCACCUAUAGCUGCCAAAGUUGGGUCAGUUGGACACAAAAUGAACUUAACAGGGAAUGACCAGGAAGGCCGGGAAAGCAAGGUGAUGCCUACAUUGGCACCUGUUAUAGCUAAAUUGGGCAACUUGGGGGCUUCACCAGGUUCUGCAGGGAAAUGAACUUACUUGUCCUUGAGCAGAAACCAGGCUGUAAGGGGAAAUUGAUUUCACCUCCUUUCUCUGCAGGUAUCUGUUUAUUUGUGUCUUGGAACUUGGAUCCUUGACUUCAAUGAUGCAGUGGAUAAUGAUGGAGAAAGGGGGUAGGGUGCUGACCCUGGUAUAAGAAGUACUCUGAAAUUCUGAUCAUGUUAAAAUGUGUUACCUCACUUGUGGUGCUGGGUCCCCUCAUCCUCUCUAAGAAGAUGUGAUCCAUUGCUGAACACGAGGUGCCCCUCUUACCCAAGGAAUUUAUAACAAGACUCUGGCCCCACAGUGGUUUCUAAUUCUUCCCCCCAAGAGAAAGAGCUGUUUGCAACUUUGGAGUUGCUGUGGACUGAACUACAACUCGGAGCUGUUGGAUUAAGUCUGAAAUCUAAGGAAUGUGAUGGACUUGUGCAAAGGGAUCCAGAAGAGAUACUUUUUAGUUGAUGUUUAAAGAAUAGGGAGAGAGAGGAUGGGUACCAUGGAAUACCAAAGUGAAGGACUUUGUGUCAUUCAGCAAAAUUUUCUUUUUUCAUAUCCCAAGUAGCUCCCAUUCCGUCACCUUUGCAACCAGAAUUAACAAAUUCAAGCCUUCGGUAAAGUAGGGAUGCUUUUAACUUUUAUUAUUAAGGUAAUUAUUUUGAGAUCUUAAAAAAAUAGUAGUUCUCCCUUAUUUUUGUGGGUAUUGAAAAGAUCAUUUAACAUUACCAGGGAAUUUUACUGGGAAUAUAUAUUUUGGAGGUAGGCAUAGAAGGAGCCCUACCUCUUCCACAGGUUGUAUCAGUCAGGAGACAGCUAAAAUAAAAUGCAUUAUCUCCCCAGACCAGAGACAGUGGCCAAAAUAAAAAAUCGUGGGGCUGGAAAUUUCCCAAAUCAAACCAGCCUCCUGGUGCUUGAAGGUUUCAUUCACUAUUACCUUCACAGGAUGUAAAGAAAAGUCACAGUUGGCACUCUUUACCAGGGAAAUAAGGCAGUAUUUGAAUCACAAGAUAUAUUUUUUAUCUGCAACCAUGGGUUCAAUGAUCUGUAGAGCUUUUUCACUCAUUAGCUGUCAGGAUAUGAAGGACUGACACUCUGUAAAGAUAAAGAUAUUUAUAUUUUUGUAUAGUUGUUUUCAUAGAUUUCUCAAAGGCUGAAGUUUUCAACCCAGAAGAUGAGAUUUGUAUUGAGUAUAGAAAUGAUGUUUCCUAUCUAGUUUGUAAAUAAUCAUGGUGCACUUGAGGGGUCUCGUGGAAACUCCUGGGGGCAAGAAUCACUAUUCUGAAACUGUAUAGACUGGGAUUUAGCUGCUGCAUUUUGCCUUUCUUAAAUAAUUAUAUUUUGGAAUGUAACCCCUGUUCUGUCUUCAUUGACAGGAUUUGCUUGUGUUGUUAAAACACUAACACAAGAGCUUCCAGUGCCUGGGCCGUGCCUAGGUGAUGCUAUUUCUUCUAUAUCUCCUGUCUUCUUUAUCCCAAAUCCCACUCAGCAUAUCUUCAGACCUAGGUUGUGAGACCAACUUUGGAUUGGAUCUAGCCAGUGAAUUAUUAUUUCCAUGGUUGGUUCCCUUUCUGUUAACUCUGGUUAUCAACAGAUUGAAAACAGUGGAAAAACUUCCUCUGCAAAUUGCAGUGGGGGCAAAUUCUUGUUGGUUUUGUGCUGCUUGCCUUUCUUAUCUGCUCAUCAGCACUUAACCUUCCCUCCUCUACAGCUUAGGAAAGAAGCUUGAAGUAGGUAAAGAGUGCUCCUCAGCUUCUCAUUAUCCUUCCACUGUUUACCCAGCAGAUUUCAUUCAAUGCCUUAGCCAAGGAAUCCAGCACCUGCCUCCCCUGCUAAUAAUUGUCCUUAGAGAUGCUAGUACUUUAAUCCAGGUAUAGCAGUUUCCAAUUACUUCCUUGCUUGUCUUUUCCCUGUAUUUCCUCCUGAUAUCCCAAGGCUCUUUUUGUGGCUUUUGAGGGUCAGCCAAGGAGCAGGCAAGUGAGUGAACAAUCCUCAGGAAAAGAAGGACCAUUUUAGCUUAACACUUCCUUUUUUUUUUUUUUUUUUUAAGAAGAAAAUAGGUAAACAGGUAAUGAUUCUUAAUUGGAGAUAUUUGACUCUUAAUGAGAUUGUAGGAAGAUGGAAAUGAGGAAUGAUUCCAGGCUUUUUAGGGGGAAGGCUGCAGAUAUCAUUCUAACCCCCAGUUAGUUCUCAAGACCUCUUAGAACUAGGUGUUGUCAGGGAUAAAUUGAGGAGGGCUUAGUCUUCAGAACAAUCCUACAGUCUUGACAGAAAUCUGAAUUCUCCAAAAACUCCUACACUUUAACCUUACCCUAGGGGAAACUGAUCUAUGAAUAUUACAUGUGUGAUUAUGAAAGGUGAAGUUGAGUGAGAGGAGUUGAGGAACCUGGAAGACAGUGAGCUCUCACCCUAAUACUAUAAGAAGCAUGAUCUCAGUAGACCAAUAAUUCGCCUUUUUAUACAUCUGUAAAUAAAUGGAAUGUUUUUAAGAAUAUAAUUAUGUCAGAUUUAGCAUUUUCUUUUAUAUAUUAAAUAUAUAUAUCUUUCCUUUUCUGCUUUCGAAAA